UUAGCUUCUACGAGCCUGAGAGUCACACAAGGAGCAACACUGUGCUCUUACAACUGCAAACAUGGAAUGAACUGAGAAAAAUAACAUAAACAGGACAUCGUCAACAAAAAGGAUAAGAAAAAGCUGCUCACUAUGGAGCCAAAGGACAGUCCAAUACCUCGAUGGAGCCUGGGCUCCGGCUCUGGUCUACAUUAUGGCUCUUUUGUGAACAGUCUUUCAUCCCUCACACCAAAGGCAGAGCAAACGGAGGAACCAGCCAUAUCACAGAGGCGCUCCUAUAUAGCUGUGGCUGUACUUUGCUACAUCAACUUGCUCAACUACACAGAGCGGUACACAAUAGCAGGUGUCCUUCCCGACAUUCAGCAAUUUUUUCGUAUAAAUGAUGGUACAGCUGCACUCAUACAAACAGUUUUCAUCUGCAGUUUCUUGCUUCUGGCCCCUUUCUUUGGCUACCUUGGAGACCGUUACAACAGGAAAUACAUCAUGAUUGGUGGUUUGAUUGUCUGGCUUGUGACAGCAGCCGGCAGCUCUUUUGUCACUGAGUCG